AUGGCACAGUCGUUGAAGGUGGCGGUGAUCGGAGCCGGGGUUUCUGGGCUUGCUGUUGCUCGUGAACUUCAAAGAGAAGGCCACCGAGUCGUAGUGUAUGAAACACAAAAUCGACUCGGUGGAACAUGGAUGUAUGACCCCCGAGUCGAGACCGAUCCACUCGGACUCGAUCCUAAUAGAGAGAUUGUUCAUAGUAGCAUCUAUUUCUCACUUCGCACCAACACACCCAGACACCUUACGGGCUUCUCAGACUACCUAUUUACCUCUAAGCAAUAUGGGGAUUCUAGGAAUUUUCCUGGACAUGAAGAAGUGCUAAAGUUUUUGGAUGACUUUGCUAAAGACUUUGGACUCGUUGAGUUGAUACGGUUCAAUACUGAAGUGGUCCGAGUUGAGCGGGUCGACUCGAGGAACGACGAGUGGGUUGUUGAGUCAAGAACGAGUGGACUGAGUACGGAGGACAUAUUUGAGGCAGUGAUGGUUUGCAGUGGUCAUUAUACUGUACCUCGAUUGGCAAAUCUUUCAGGCAUUGAGAAAUGGCCUGGAAAGCAAGUUCAUAGCCACAAUUAUCGUGUUCCUGAACCAUUUCAAGAUCAGAUUGUGGUAGUGAUCGGAAAUGGACCAAGUGGUUAUGAGAUUUCCUUAGAAAUUGCGACAGUGGCCAAAGAAGUUCAUAUUUCGUCAAGAUCCCCGAAUGUUAAAUGUUCAAAGCUGGACAACCACGAAAAUAUGUGGCAGCAUUCCGAGGUUUUUCUUUUCUUUUAUUUUCUGAUAAUCAUUAACAACAUCUAUGAAAAUGGUACAGUAUGUUUUCAAGACGGAGCAGCCAUUUGUGCAGAUAUCAUUAUGCAUUGUACUGGGUAUAAUUCUCGUACCAAUUUUCAUUUUCAUGUCCUUUUUUCCCAUCGAACUCGAGCCAGAACACGAGUUCUAACAAGAUUUCACAGGUACAACUACGAUUUUCCAUUUCUCCAAACGAAUGGAAUUGUAACCGUGGAGGACAAUCGGGUCGGGCCGUUGUACAAGCAUGUCUUCCCCCCACAGCUUGCUCCUAGACUCUGCUUCGUGGGACUUCCUUCCAGGGCAAUAAGGAGGAAUCAAAAUGUGCUUGCCCACACAAUAGCAUCUUUAGCUAGACGACGCCGCCUCCCUCCCAGUUGGCUUAAUGCUGUCCCAAUUCUCUUUUUUGCCAUGGCGGAAUUACAAUCCAAGUGGGUGGCGCGUUUAUUAUCCGGCAAGGCGGUUCUGCCAUCGGAAUCUGAGAUGUUGGCUGAUGUAGAAGUACACUACCGGAAUAUGAAGGAACGCCAGACCCCGAAGCACAAUACUCAUCUUAUUUUACCAGUUGAUGAUCAGUUCGAGUACUUGGACUGGCUAGCGGCUCAAGUGGAACUACCACCUGUAGAUGGGAGGUUAAAAGAGAUUUCUGAAGAAUUUUUUAGUAUUCUUAUGAGUCCUCAAAGAGUUGGAUUGAGGGAAUGGGACGUUGACAGUUUCAUCAGAGACGGCUCAAGACAAUUUAAUGUUUAA